GUAUUAUAAAUUUUGCAUCGUAAUUGUGAUUCAAACAAAGUGUGGUCUAUCUAUAUAUAUUAUUCAAAUCGAUUUGAACAUGUGUUGGAUCUCAAUGAGCCAGUCAAGGUUCAUAAUAAAGUCUUUAUUAAGCAGCGUAGGAGGAGGUUUCUUACUUGGAUCUGCUCUCUCAACUCCUCCGUCUUUCGCCACCGCGUCUUCUUCUCCUUCCCACUCCGCCGAAAUGGGAACUCACAAAACCAAGGUUUGCAUCGUCGGAAGUGGUCCAGCAGCACACACGGCGGCGAUCUAUGCAGCUAGGGCUGAGCUUAAGCCUCUUCUCUUCGAAGGAUGGAUGGCUAACGACAUCGCUCCCGGAGGUCAGUUAACUACAACCACCGACGUCGAGAACUUCCCUGGGUUCCCUGAAGGUAUCCUCGGUGCCGAGAUCGUCGAGAAAUUCAGGAAGCAAUCGGAGAGGUUCGGUACUGAGAUCUUCACUGAGACGGUUAACAAAGUUGAUUUCUCGUCGAAGCCGUUUAAGGUAAUCACCGAUUCGAGAACUGUUCUCGCUGACUCUGUGAUCGUUUCGACUGGAGCUGUAGCGAAACGUCUUAGCUUCACUGGAUCUGGUGAAGGCGAUGGUGGUUUUUGGAACCGUGGUAUCUCCGCUUGUGCUGUUUGCGACGGAGCUGCUCCGAUUUUUAGGAAU